CUCAUGAAUACAUAAAUAAAAUCUUUUAAAAAAUUACAACAAGUAGUAAGGAACAAUAGGAAAGUCUUUUUCUAGAUGUCUGAUUUCAUUGCCUCGCCCUACCUCCUCCCACCUUGAAUGAAGGUCAGAUCCUUGUCAUGCUACAGAGGAAGAACUCAAGACUGAGAGCUAAGUGCUUUCACUAUGGUAUACAGCUAGUAAGUAGGGGAAUCAGGAUGGAAAUGUGGGUCUGUCUGACUAGAACUUUCUCCAGUUGAACUAACUUACCUAUUUGAAAGAUGAAAACCACAUGUGGGGAUUACUUACAUGCUAUAUUGUAACAAAGGGCCUGACUGAAUGUUCAUACAUUAUGGGCAGUGGGUGCUUGGUGAGGAUAUUUCACAGGAAGAGACAAGAACCAAGAACAUUUCUGAACUAGGACAAUUGCAGGCUAGAGAAAUGAUCUUCAUCGCAGGUAGAGAAAUUGAACUUGAUUUUCACCAUUGUUGAUGUGAAAAUGGAGGACUAUGAUAAAAGAACUGAGAGUUAAAGACAUAAAGACAAGGAGAUUGUUCCAAUAAGGUUCUGAAUGUGAGACACGAGGAAACCAAAUCGGUAUACAUGUGGAUGAUAAAGUAUCUGACAGCUUUUUUCUCUGUGAACUUUAAUUUUAAACAGUUUUAGAACUGUUCUAUUAAAUGUGAACAGUUUAAAAACUGAGCAAUGCAAGGGGCUUUAGAAGUCUGUGAAAUGAACAAAGAGUAAGGCUUUGUUGUGGCUGGUGUCUUCUAGAGAGCUCUAGAGGAGAUAUGCCUACAUCCACGAGACAGAGAGUCACUAGUUGCCGACGGCUGGUGGUGCCAUUGCCCAGCAUCUGCAGAGAGCCCUGGAGGCCACAGCACCCUCCCUUUCUGUAGGACCACAGUGGGGCCACUGCCCCUCUCAAGCAGUCACACUGGCAGUACAUUGCCAGCUCCCCUUCUUUUCCUAGAACCUUUUGAUGCUAACCUUGGUGAGAGAAAGUUAUGACAGAAAGUGUCCAGGUUUAGUGUUGUGGAGAAAGUCUUUACAUGAGGGUAGGUGAAAAGAUUUGAAUUUCUUUCCAAAAGAUUCUUAUAAGACUUAAAAAAUACAACAAGAAGAUGGCAGGGGUGGGGCGGGGGCGGUGUGCCUGGGUGGCUCAGUCAGUUAGGCAGACGUCUGCCUUCGGCUCAGGUCAUGAUCCCCGGGGCUUUGGAUCCUGCUCCCUGAGAUCUGCUAUCGGGCAACUUGUCCUCAUUUGAAUAUGUUUCUCAAAUGCCACUUUUGGCCAAAGGUGGUUUUACAUGAUUGAUACUGCAUCUCUUCUCCAACUGUGGUUACUAAAUGGUUUCUCUAUUUGAUUAUGUUCCAGCUAAUUUCUCUACAUCUCUUUGCUUUAUUAAGCACAUUAGUAUAUGAAAAAUGCUAGAAGAUUUCUUCUGCAAGCUCUUUUCAGAUGCUUUGCAUUCAGAAUAGACUUCUGUUGGGACCCAAGCUGUCAACCAAUCCUAAAUUCCUAAGGCCUCAAAUUGCAGGUGUUGAUUCUGACUUUUGAAGAUGGAUGAAGGUCUAGAAAUUUCAAGUGAGGGAAAUUCCCUGAUCAAAGCAGUCCAUCAGAGCCGGCUUCGCCUCACAAGACUCUUGCUAGAAGGUGGUGCCUACAUUAACGAGAGCAAUGACCGUGGGGAAACACCUUUAAUGAUCGCUUGUAAGACCAAACAUGUUGAUCACCAGAGUGUCAGUAAAGCCAAAAUGGUUAAAUACCUGUUAGAAAACAAUGCUGACCCCAACAUACAGGACAAAUCUGGGAAAACUGCUUUGAUGCACGCUUGCCUAGAAAAAGCUGGUCCUGAAGUUGUUUCCUUGCUCUUAAAGAGUGGGGCUGAUCUCAGCUUGCAAGACCAUUCUAGUUCUUCGGCCCUUGUUUAUGCUAUAAAUUCAGAGGAUAGAGAAACCCUGAAAGUUCUGCUUAGUGCUUGCAAGGCAAAAGGAAAAGAAGUCAUUAUCAUAACGACAGCGAAAUCACCAUGUGGUCGCCACACUACCAAACAGUACUUAAAUAUGCCUCCUGUAGAUACAGAUGGGUGUCACUCCUCAGCCUCCUGUGCCACUCCUUCAGAAAUAGACAUAAAAACAGCUUCAUUGCCAUUUUCACAUUCUUCUGAAACUGAAAAGACACUUUUUGGCCUUAAAGGUUUGGAGCCCUCAGGAAAAAGUGAUGAUACACAGGACCCAGGCUCCCCUAUGAGGAAGCCUGCUAUGGCCUCUAAUGGGGCCAAACUACCCCAAGCUCCAACCUGGAUCAAGAGUCCCCCCUUACUAAUGCACCAAAACAGAGUGGCCUCUUUGCAAGAGGAGCUCCAGGAUAUUACUCCAGAGGAAGAAUUAUCCUACAAAACCAAUGGGCUGGCGCUCUCCAAGCGAUUCAUCACUAGGCACCAAAGUAUUGAUAUUAAAGACACUGCAUAUUUGCUGAGAGCCUUUGAUCAGGCCAGCUCAAGAAAGAUGUCAUACGAUGAAAUAAAUCAUCAGUUACUUUUUUCAGAAGGAAAUCAGCAAUGCCUUGAAAUCCCUGCUGACCCAGAUCCAGACUCGAACCAGACAAUGUUUGUUUCCACCUUAAGAAGUAUAGUUCAGAAAAGAAACUCAGGAGCAAAUCACUACAGCUCUGAUUCCCAGCUCACGGCUGGCCUUACCCCUACGACUUUAGAAGAUGGCAAAGCGCUUCUAGGAAAGAAGAAGAUCCUCUCGCCAUCUCCUUCCUUGUUGUCAGGGCCCAAAGAAUUGCUGGAGAGUAUCUCACCAGGUCCCUUGAGCAGGAGAAAUCACGCACUGUUAGAAAGGCGUGGGUCAGGAGCUUUCCCUUUAGAUCACAAUUCUACGCCACCCAGGCCAGGAUUUCUACCACCCUUACAUGUGAACCCUCACCCCCCCAUCUCUGAUACCAGUGUCAAUAACAAGAUUUCCAGCCUCCUUUCUUGUGGUCAGAAAGUGCUUAUGCCAACAGUUCCUAUGUUCCCUAAAGAAUUCAAAAGUAAAAAAAUGUUGUUAAGGAGACAAUCAUUGCAAACAGAACAAAUUAAGCAAUUAGUAAAUUUUUAGUAAAAUUAGUAAAGCUGGCUAGAAAGCACAUUUUGUUCAAAUGUCUAAAUCAGAGAAAUACAGGACCAGAGAGGAAAUCUCAAAUGUUCGUCCCUUUAAAUCUUGUAAUUGGUUAACCUAUAGUUGUUAGAGGUAUCAAAAUAUAUUGUGUAUCAUACUAGGCACUAUGCACACACAAAUAAUGUAUAGUUUCUACUAAGGAAAUUCUCUCAAAAGUAAAGCUAUAUUUCUCAAAACCUCUAAAAUUUAACAACCUUCACGUGGUCCAAGUUUUUAAUUUAAACAAAAAUCAGCGAAAAAACCCAGAAGGUCACAUAUGUUGGAAAUGACUUUAAACUUUUUUUCAGGUUUUCCAGAUAUUUUAUUAGGAAACACUGCAUUCAAGUCAAUAAAUGUUUUUAACAUAACAAUAAAUAAGAUUAUAAUUUUCCAUGAUGCCAAAAGCAUUAAAAAAAAAAAAACCCACAAAACAGUUUGAUUAUUAAGACUAAGGUAUAAGCAAAGGAUGAACUAAUUCUUAAAAAUGUUGACUGCAGGUAGGUGAAGUCUAAUUAAAAUUUGAAAACGCCAACCAUUAUAGUACACCAGGCAGCUAAUAUUCAUGUUGUCAGCUUAAUCAACAUCAAAUAACAGAUCAGAGUUUUACAAGCUAGUAAUAAUCUAUGCUAAGUGUUGGUGUGCUGGUUUUUGCUUGGUUUUAUUUUAAUUUUAAUGUUAUCUCAUAGAAUUCUUUCUCCAUACCUUUUAAUUUCUGUUAUUUUUUGAAGCCUAUCCAUAGGUUCCCAAAAACAAGAUAAAGCAGAAACUUAAAAGCAUUCCUCUUUACUUAUAUCAGAGUAUGCUUGCCUUCUACAGACAACCAAAACAAAACAAAAACCGUGGCGAUUUAUCACAAAUAGAAACUAUGUGCUUGCUACGUUUUAGAAAAGAAAAAUUGAUUAUUAGAUUCUCUUAGGUUAGCUAAAAUUAAGAAAGCCAAUAGAAAAUUACAAAAUACACUAAAUAUUCGGUCAAGAUUAAAGAGUAUCUUUUAACUUCUAACAUAUAAUUAUUAGACAUUUACAUAAUAAGGAUAAUUUUCUUAGGGUGAUAUUCCAAUCAUCUAGUAUUUAGGACCUGUGAAUAACUUCUAACAAAAUAAAUGAAGACCACACUACCAUCAUGAAAUAUUACAAAAUGACUAUAUUAUCCAUAUGAUUUCAAAACGUGGUGUUUAUAUAAAGAAUCCUUAUUUCAAUUAAGCAGUUUUACAACAAAGAAUAAAGUCAAAUCAUACAAAACCUGAGUGUAUUUAUUUGAUGACUGUCAUAUACAGCUUUAUUUCUUUGCCUUAUUAGUAGAAGAGAUCCUAACAAUUGGCAUGAUGCUUUUCUUGGUAAUUUGAUAUAAACAAGUUAUAAUGUACAUGGUAAUUAUUUAAUUUUUUGUGGCCUUUAUUUGAAAAAAAUAAUUGGAGGUUUUCCAUUUAAUGUUGAAGAACAUUAAUGUAAAUUACAUUAGAAAUAUUUUCUUGAUUCAGAAAUUAGAAUUGUACCUGAUGUAGCUAAACCUUUUGCACAAGUUUUAGUAGGGAGAAAAAUGCUUGGCUCUAAGUUGUAAGGAUACAGUUUGGAAGGCUAUGUAAAUAGAUUAGUUCAUAAACAAAAUGUUAUCAAUAAAAGUUUUAAAUGUUA